CCCUCGCCCUGUAGUCUCCGGGGCCGGAGCGGGACAUGGUGCUGUCAGAGCUGGCCGCGCGCCUCAACUGCGCCGAGUACAAGAACUGGGUGAAGGCGGGCUACUGCCUGCUGCUGCUGCGCGGCUGUCUGCAGGGCUUCGUCGGCCGCGAGGUGCUCGCCUUCCACCGCAGCCUGCUCGCCGCUGCCCCCGGCCUGGGCCCGCACGCCACCUGCCGCAGCGGCUCGCGGUGCACCCCGCGCGCCCGCCAGUUUCAGCCUCAGUGUCAGGUGUGCGCGGAGUGGAAACGGGAGAUUUUGAAACAUCAUACCAGCAGAAAUGGAGACGUCCACUGGGGAAACUGCCGGCCGGGCCGCUGGCCCGUCGACGCCUGGGAAGUGGCCAAGGCCUUCAUGCCCCGAGGACUGGCAGACAAAACAGGCCCCGAGGAAUGUGAUGCAGUUGCUCUUUUAAGUCUCAUCAACUCCUGUGAUCACUUCAUGGUUGAUCGGAAGAAAGUCACAGAGGUGAUUAAGUGUCGUAAUGAGAUCAUGCACUCUUCAGAGAUGAAAGUGUCUUCUAUGUGGCUUCGAGGUUUUCAGAUUAAGAUCCAAAAUUUCCUGAGUGAGUUCAAGAAUAUCCCAGAGAUUGUGGCCGUAUACUCCAGAAUAGAACAGCUGUUGACAUCUGACUGGGCUGUUCACAUCCCCGAGGAAGAUGAGCGAGAUGGGUGUAACUAUGAAACACGAGUUUACCUGAGUGAGAGCCAAGUGAAUGAAAUAGAAAUGGAAUUACUAAAGGAAAAACUGCGAGAGAUAUAUCUUCAAGCAAAAGAACAAGAGAUGUUGCCUGAAGAGAUCUUGAAUCAACUGCAAGUGGUGAAAGCAUUUCUGAGAGACAACAAGGAUCUUAGAAAUGGUCUUACAGAAGAUGUGCAGAAGCUAGACAGCCUCCAUCUACAGCAUCAAAAACCGGAUUCAAAGGAACCUGGGGCACAGACACCCGAAGGGAAGGCCUGAGGUUGCCCUUUGACAAACAUCAGGCAUGUUCUAUGGAAGUCAGUAUGGCAUCCAUCUCAGCCAUCCUUUUCUGUACAAGGGGAAAAACUUACAAGAGUACUCCACCCAAACAAAAAGGAAUUUUUGUUCUCUUUUCCUGGACUUUCCUUUGACUCUUUGGGAGUAUUUUUUUUUUUUAUAUUCGUAAGCUUGAUGUUGUUUGACCUAUACCAACCAAAAAAUAUUAGAUACUCUUGUGCCAAAACUUGCUAUUAUCCAGGGGUUUUUCUUUUUUUUGUUCUUUGGGUGUUUUUUUUUUUUUUUUUGCUAUUUAAAAGAUGAGAUUCUUUUCUGGUCCUAAACUCUAGUUGCUUAACACAGUAAAGGCUGUGUUCGGCCAGGCCUGUGUGAAGGGUCACACACAAUUUUCUGCCCACUGACACACAAGUCCUGCCUCUGCUCCCCCUUCCUGAAAGUCUCAUUCAUGAGAUGCCCAAGGGGUGGGCUGUGAUAUAAAUGUUGAGAUAUAAAUCCUUCCUUUUUGGAAGAAGGCAAGAAAAAAAAUUGCCUGACAGGCCAUUUUCUAGCCAUUUCCAGUUAGUACAGAAGUGUUACUACCUGGUGUUUCUGGUAGCCUGAGGCAGCAGGGCAAGGAGAUGGGCUCAGGCUGGUCUGUGGGGGCUGGCGAACACAGUGACUUGACUGACCAAAGCAGGGGGAGGGCCCAGGCCAGCAUCACAAACAGGGAUGUUGGGGAAAGCUCCGCAGUGGCUGGCUUGUGUAUGGCACCCUUAGGAAAAGCAAACUCCCACAGCAGUCACAGCUCUUUCUGUUCAGUAAUAUCCCGAGUGCUGAGCGCAGGGCGUGUCCUCAUAAGCUCGAUGAAUAUUUGUUGACUGAAGGUCAACUGAUAGCUGAGGAGUAUUCAGAGACGUAAAUGUUAUACUAUUAACUAAGCGUGGUCGUUUGUUAUGACAUUUAGGAAGGAAAUUCCAACAUUCUUAUGGAAAUUGAGACAUCAUUUUCUUUCAACAAAUACAUAAAUUCAUUCAUGCUUCCUCUAUUCCUUUUACCCAAAAAGUCAUCCACUUCUGACUGUCCUAUUUGUUUCCUGAACUGUGAAACCGCUGUCCUGUUGUAUACAGUGGUCUGUGGGAUCAGCCUCACCACCACCUUCCCCUACAUCUCAUUUCCAGAGCCCCCAGUACUUAACUGGGCCAUGUCGCCUAUGGACCUUCAGGGACAGAAUUGCCAUAUUCCUCACUGCCCAGAGGAAGUACUUCCAUUCCGAGCCCAAGUGAAGCCUUGCUCCUUGGCUUACCCAGCUGCCCGUCAAGGAUGUGAUCGGUAGAGAAUGGGUGGAGGGUAGGGUAUAUUUGGUAUAUCUUUGGAUUAAAAUGCAUUUAAUGUAAUUCUGUAAAACCUGGGUGAAUGGAAAUGUGCCUGUAACUUCCUGCUUUAACCUUUCCCAUUACUAUUUGGUCUUUAAUCUUACAUUUUCUUUCUCCCUUUAUCUCACGCAGUUCCUUUAGAAGACUUCAAUAGUAAAGUAAGAAUUUUCAUUCAUCUUGCAACCCCCCCCAAACUAAGAAACUUAAUGAAAUAUUUCCCAGCUGCUAGAUAUAAGAUACAAAACUUGAGACCAAAUUAAAUCUUGUUUCACUAACCACUUUAAGACCUGAUUUCUAACUUUAGGAACUUGGGGUUAUGAACACUUUGAUUUCAUACCUCUCGUAUCUAGUUAGUUUUUCCUUACGUAUCCAACAAACAUUUUUCAACUGUCAACCAUGUGCCGGGCACUGCAGUGGAUGCAAAUGUGAGGAUUUGUGAGGUACAGACAAUGGUAUAUGAGCUGUCAUUUUACUGGAUUUAUUGUCUGCUCUGAUAGAGAGAUUGUUCAGAAAACAUUAUACUGUCAACAUUUAAUUACAUUGAAAUUGAAAUGAAGAAAGGAAGACAUGCCCAGAGCGGGCUUUAAAAGCAAAUGUAGCAUGUACAGGGCCAUCAACCUGUGGGCCUCUUCUGCAGAUCUGUGCACGUGGGUGCAGGGCAUGCUCAAAAGGGUGUUCACAGCAGCGUUGGCGGCCAGCCAUUAAGAGAGGGCUGGUUAUACAAAUCACAGCAUGUCCAUGCUACAGAGUAUUAUGCAAGUGUUAAAAAGAAUGAGGUAAUGCUGCAAUGCAGUAAUAUGAGUGGUCUCUAAGACAUAUUAAAUAGAAAAGCAGAAUGUUUAACAAUGCAUAGCAUGCUGUGAAACUAUUUGUAUUUUCAAAUACUAGAGGUCUGGAAAGUUGUGCGCUUUUCCCAGGCUUUUUUGCUGUGUUCCCUCUGUGAAAGGACUGGAGUUGAGGGGGUUGGUUAGAAGAAAUUCGGCUUUUCUAUUUUGUAUACUCCCAUAUGAAAUUUUUACAACAUGCACUCAUGAAUUUUGAGGUUUUUUAAUUAAAAUUUUUAAUUUCAACAUAAUAAAGAGACAUGAACAAUAUAA